AUGAAAUCAUCAUGGCUGAUUUCCGUGCUCCUCCUGGCUCCUGCCCUCAUUUGUCUCGUUAAUGGAGCCCAAUUCACCCGUGGAUUCUGUCUCCAACUGAUCAACAAUGGGAAGAGUGUAUUCGCUGAAGAAUACCAUGUAGCAAACAUGAAUGGUCUAUCGUAUGAUAAGAAGUUGGAAAAGAAGAUUCUGGAGCAACUAUCGUUCACUAAUGGAUGUCCUGAACCAUCAAUAAUCUCUCACAAAGGUUUUGAUAUCUAUUUGAAUAUCAAUAACGAGGAAUCGAUUAUUGAUUUGUUGUCUGGAGUUGGCAAGACAACUAUGGCUUGUAUCAAGACAAAGUGCGAGGAGAGUGGAGAGGAAUUCAUCAGUAUUGUCACUGAUUACUCUGACAUACCAGCCAUCUCUGGUGCUCCAGGCUCCCAAUGUUCGGACAGCAAAACGGCCAACUCUGAUGGAUUGUGCAUUCGUGGAAAUCAUCGUAAUGGCUACAAGCGUAAAUUCCUCGAUGCAUUGGGUAGCAUACUCAAAAAAGGAUAUGAAAAAACAGGAGAAAUCGGUAUUGGUAUUGGUCAAACAAUUUUAGAUGGUACGACUGCUGUAGGAAAGGAACUAAGCAAAACCGUUGGCGAUAGUGAGACCAAAGUUGUUCACAAAACGAGUGUGCUUAGUGAAGGUGAAACAUCGUUGGGAGACAUUGUUAAAGAUGUGGUCAAAGAUAUAACAAAAAUGGCAGAGGAACAAGGCAAAUCUAAUAGAAAAUACGCUCGUAAAGGAUUAUGGGGUAUGGCGUAUACUUCACCACCAUUCGUUCCAUAUCCAAAAUAUCAGAAAAAGGAAGACAAUGAGUACCUCUCAAAUGAAAGAACAUACUGGCCCCAUAAUCCAUUCUUGGCCUAA